GUUUGAGACACAGUUCCCGCGAAUAUCCAAACCUUGAAGAAUACCAAACUUUGCCUUUCUCUCUCUCCUUCUCUGCUCUCUCUGGCUUCUCUCCGCAACACUGAAACAAUCCUUUUCCUUGUUCCAACAAUCUAAACUUCCUCUAAUCUCUCAAAUUCAAUUAUCUUCAAGUAAUCAUCAUGUUUAUAUAUAAUCUCUUCUUCUCUUUUGAUUUAUCCAACUCAAGGAACCUCACUAAACUCAAAUCUUCCUCUCAGUUUCUCCCACUCUUCUUCCUCAACCUUCCGAUUUAUCGGAUUACUCUAAAAUACCCAAAAUGGAAUCUCAUGGAAAAACCCAUCAGAAAGAGCACGAUAAUGAUCUCUCUCCGAAACCCAUAACGUUGUCAAAGUAUUCGAAACGGGUCGAGUUAAAGACUCUGCUUGAUCGGAGCGACCGCGGCGCAGGAUUGGCUGGGAAAAGGGUUGUGAUUGGUGGUUGGGUUAAGUCUGCUAGAGCGGUUAAGAAAAAUUCUCCUCCUCCUCCUCUGCCUGUAGUUGCCGCCCCUUCGCCGUCGAGUGGUGGGGAUCAAGCUCAUACGACGGCCAACAUUAGGUGCACGGAGAUAAUCCAAUCGAAAAUGAAUAUUUUCAAGAGAUUUUUCGAUGUACUGAGCGGUGGUGGUAAGACUUAUCCAAUCUUUGAUAAGACAGAACUCGCCGGUCAGAAGGCCGUGCCACCACCGGAGUAUGUUUUUUACUUCUUGAUCAGUGAUGGCUCCUCCAUCUCCAGUCUCCAGGUUGUUGUUGAUUCUGCGUUGUCAACUGUUCCAGCAACUCAGCUUAUGGCUCUAGGGACUUGUAUUGUAGCUGAAGGUGUGUUAAGACUACCAUUGGCUGCUUCUGCAAAACAUGUAAUUGAGCUUGAGGCAGAGAAGCUUCUUCAUGUUGGAACAGUGGAUCCAGAGAAGUAUCCACUCUCGAAGAAACAGCUUCCUCUGCAUAUGCUUAGAGACUUCUCUCAUUUCCGUCCCCGCACAACUACGGUUGGGUCGGUGACUCGAGUCCACAGUGCGCUAACCUUAGCAAGCCACACAUUCCUUCAAUACCAUGGGUUUCAGUAUGUUCAAGUACCAGUCAUCACAACAACCACUGGAUUUGGCGAAAUGUUUAGGGUCACUACUCUUUUAGGUAAAACUGAUGAUAAAGAGGAGAAGAAGCCUCCUGUCCAAGAAAAAGAUGGAUUUAGCAUUGACACCGUAAAGGCUGUGAUAAAGGAAAAGACGAGGCUUAUUGAUCACCUCAAGAGAUCCGACAGCAACCGAGAAACCGUGGUUGCUGCUGUACACGACUUGAAGAAAACGAACGAUCUUGCAUCGCAGAUUGAGAUGAAACAAAAAUCCAAAACAGGAACUUUGGUCAAACCUGAGAAGCUUGAUUUCUCGAAAGAUUUCUUUGGUCGCGACACUUAUCUGACUGCUUCUGGGAGGUUUCAUCUUGAGAGCUAUGCUUCUGCACUUGGAAAAGUUUAUACCUUUGGACCAAGAUUCAUAGCUGAUAAAAUUGACAAUGCAAGGCAUUUGGCAGAGAAGUGGAAUGUGGAAACCGAAAUGGCUUUCGCGGAAUUGGAUGAUGCUAUGGAUUGUGCUGAUGAAUACUUCAAGUUCCUCUGCAAAUAUGUUCUGGAAAAUCGCGAUGAAGACAUGAAAUUCAUAUCAAAACGAGUUGACAAGACCAUCACCACACGUCUCGAAGCAACAGCAUCCAGCUCCCUUUUGAGAUUCUCCUAUACCGAAGUGAUUAGUCUUCUGCAAAAGGCAACCACUACAAAAUUUGAAACCAAGCCUGAGUGGGGAGUUGCUUUAACAACAGAGCAUCUAAGGUAUUGUUUUUGCCAAUUGAGUCUUUGUUUCAAGAUCCGAUUUAAAUUCUCUGUGUAUCGUUCAAUGUUGCAGUUAUCUGACUGAUGAGAUCUACAAAGGUCCUGUAAUUGUACAUACCUACCCGAAAGCAAUUAAACAGUUUUACGUAAGGUUGAAUGAUGAUAAGAAGACUGUAGCAGCGUUUGAUCUGGUCGUACCAAAGGUUGGUGUUGUGAUCACCGGGAGCCAAAACGAAGAACGGUUUGAGAUUCUGGAUGCGAGGAUCGGGGAAUCCGGAUUCACGAGGGAGAAGUUCGAGUGGUACUUAGAUUUAAGGAGGCAUGGGACAGUGAAACAUUCAGGAAUAAGCCUAAGCAUGGAACAAAUGCUUCUGUAUGCGACCGGGCUUCCUGAUAUCAAAGAUGCCAUUCCUUUCCCAAGAAGUUGGGGCAAAGCAAACAAUUAAAGCAGCCUCAAGCUAUUUAUGUACAAACUUGAAGUUACAUUGUUGUGUAUUCUCUGUAACCAUACUUGGGUGUGAAAUAAUAAGGAACCCCUAUACCAAAUUGUUCAUAAUCCUAUACCAAGUUUUAGUAUAUUUGUAUUGAUAACAUAUCUACUCAAAAUUGUACUCACUGCGACUAGAUUUGAUGUUCUAUAGUUGAUUCAAAAAUAGUUAUCCAGCCACACAAUUUCUGUGUGAUUCCCUCA